AUGGAAUGUGCUUCUGAAGCAGUUUGUCAGCGAAGAGAUAAAGAGAUUUGCUAUCUUGGAUGGAUUUUGCUGUUUUUGUGGUUGGUUAUGGUUAUUUAUAUUACAAAGGUGAUUAUUAGGGUUGUUAAGGUUUAAGGUAAUUAAGGUUGCCUUAAAAACUUGCAGGAAAUCUGGUUUGGUGCACCAUUAUCCACGCCAACCACCUCAAUAAAUUCACUCAAUAAAAAACCGGAAAACUCGGCAGUCAUCGAAAUGGAAAUUAUUGAAACUUGA